AGGAACGCAGAGGUGGGAAAUAUUUUAUGGUGCUUGGGUUCUAGCCAUGAAAUUGAUAAUUUUAUGAGGCAGUCAGAAGCGUCACUAUCUGCUUUAUUGUAAAUGACAUUAAAUUGUGGCUCAACUUGGAUGUUUCUGAUGUUGGCAUCAAUUGAAGGGUGUGCUGCUAUGUAAGACGGAGACAGAUCUACCCGACGCAAGAGAGGUUGGAAGAAAGCAAGAAAUGAAAGUGCUGGGCUGUGUAACAAGUAAAGUGCUCGCAGCAGGGCUAGAACAAGAUUGUGUGGGGCAAGAGAAAGACGAGUACCUUACAGAAUCUGCAGUUGUAGGGCGCCUUCCAUUCUCCGACAGUACCAACACCUUGUUUUUUUGCGCAGAGAACAUGAAGGGCUCCAGUUUAUCUGUUGAUAUCCAUAAUCAGUCAGAGAACCAUGGAAAAGAAAAUGCCCCAUUUAAAAAUAUGUGUGAAGAGCCGGCCUCUCCAAAACCUACACUGAGAUUAAAUUUGGACAAGCAUAAAAAAGAUGCUGCAGAGGAUGUGGACAACAACAAUGUGCCAGGCUCACCCGAACCAUCGGCCCCUCUAACUCCCACGGCUAAUCUUAAAAUGUUGAUCAGUGCUGUAAGUCCAGAGAUUAGAAACAGGGAUAAACAGACAAAACGAAAAGAACUCUUUAAAACAGUGGAAGAUGAGUUAGAAGAAAGAGCAGAAGAAAAACCAGAACAAGCCGAUGACCAAGAUGAUCUUAUGUCAUCCCAGGAAAGUGAAAAGGGAACUGGAUCACGGAAAGAGAAAUCCUUAGGACUUUUGUGUCAAAGAUUUUUGUCAAGGUUCCCAGAAUACCCUGCCCCCGGUGAAAAUAUUGAUAUCUGCUUAGACGAAGUGGCCAAAGAUUUGCGUGUGGAACGCAGAAGAAUUUAUGACAUUGUCAAUGUUUUAGAAAGUGUUGAAAUGGUCAGUAGGUUGGCCAAAAACAAAUACACUUGGCAUGGGAAAACUAAUUUACAUAAUACACUUUCAAAGCUCAAGGUGUUAGGAGAUGCUGAGGGCUUUGUUGAGCAAAUGGAGCAGUUGAGAGUGUAUGAAGUGAAUAAAGAGAUGAAGCGACCAUGUUCUAAAUCUGAGACAGAAGAUAUGCUCUCUUUUAAAAGUUAUGUAAGGAAAGACAAGUCACUAGGAAUCAUGAGUCAGCGGUUCCUCAUGUUGUUUUUAGUAUCCAAGCCCAGAACUGUGAAUUUGGAUUUGUCUGCCAAACUUCUAAUAGGUGACCCAAACAUUGACAGAACAGAGAACGCCAAGUUUAAAACCAAAAUUCGUCGACUCUAUGACAUAGCGAACAUUCUCACCAGCUUAGACCUCAUCCGCAAAGUACAUGUCACUGAGAUUCGGGGACGGAAGCCAGCUUUUAAGUACAUAGGACCUGAUGUGGACAAUUUGACAGAAAUGGAUGUAUGUUCCACUGACGGUCGACAUAGGCCCAAUUCUCGACACUCUAUGCUGCACUGUGUUCAGAGCAAAGGUGAGAAUCCAGCAGUCCUAAACAUAAUGAACUCCUACAGACCUCUGCGCCCAACAGAUUACUCGACUCGUGAAUCAGACAGCACCCUUCUGAGAGUUAUUCCAGAUGGGAAAAAUAAAAUAGCUAUUCUGAAGAAGGAAGGCAAAAAGCCAUUUUCCAGACACCACUCUUUCGAUCAGAUUUGUCAAGUUGCUGAGAAGGAAAGGAUUAAAUUAUUCUCCAAUUCUCAGCCAUCUAGUCCAGUGAAAGAAUUGAAUUUCGAAGAUGUAGAUACCAAUCUUGCACCAAAGUCACAGUCCCCAGCAAUCAAAAACAUCCCCCAUGGCAUGCUCAAGGGACAAAACCAUGUGAUCUUCAUGCAGGGGAAACAACAGGUUCAUAUCAUACCUAACGUAUCAGCUGCUGAGGGUAUGGCUAGUAAACAAGAGAGCGGGGAAGAGAAGACAGUCACAGAAAGUUCCCAGUCCUUGCCAGUCAGCACAAUGAUGAAAUCCUCCACUACUGUAUUACACCUGACUAGGAACCAGAUUGAUGCUGUCCUGCGCUCCCUCAAGGUGCCAGUCCCUGUGUCGGGGGAUUCCAAAACUGAUGCUUCCACUCAGUCAUCCCCUGCGCUCAGCACUGCUACAUCCACCACCACCAUAGUAAACCCCAGCCCAGAGGAGCUGAGGAAGCUGUGUGGAUCUCCAGAGUGUACCCUGCAGAAGUCCAGUGAGACCACACCCAUUAAUGCUCAAGGCACUGGUGGACCAUGCCCCCAGAAGAAUGAUUUAUUGCACCACAAAACACCAUCAGAAAGUCGCACCACAGCCAGGGCGGUUAAGCCAAUCCGCAGGGCAAAUUCAGAUCCAGGGGAGACUACUCCGCAUUCUCCAGUGGAAUCCAGUGAUGCAGAGGUGGCCAGAAUUUCCCACCAAGGAAUCAAAAGGCGGAUCUCUGAGGGUCAGAAAGUUCCACUAAGGGCUCUUCAUCUGCAGACAGAGUUCAGAGAAUCACCUCCCUUAGCCAAGCUUCCCAAACUGUCCCCUGAUGUCAUUACCAAAGAUAUAGCAGCAGAUUUAGAUCUAGCAUCUCCCUUACCCGAAGAGGACCAGUCAAAGAAACCAACGUUCCCUUCACAAGAAUCGUUUGUGUCAACGCCAUCCUCAUUCUCUCCAGCAGACAGCUCACAUCAGCAGACAGCUCCUCUUGUCAGCCCAAGGGUCUCCGUGCAGUUCCCAAAUUCUGCUAAAACCACAAUAAUGCAACUGCCAGUCACCUCCAGUCCAUCUGUCAAACCUUGCACCCCCAUCACCAUCCCACAGAACGCCACAGUUAUCCCCAUCGCCACCCUCCCACCCCAGUUCGCUCACCCCGUGUCUCUGCUCCACGGAGUGCAGGUCACACAGAAUGGUCAGAUUAAUGGCCAUCCAGUGAAUGUUGUCGUACCCAUCACCUUCACACCACCCCCACACUCCGAACGCUGAAGGCAAAUUCCAACCUACAGUGUUGCUUUUCCCACUGUCUCUCCAGCUAACAUCACUACUUUCAGUACACUGCAGCAUGGGAAGAUAGGAGGAACAUCAGCUAAGUCACUGAUCAAAAACCACUCCCAUUAACUCCAUCAGCAGUGCCAUAAUCACCCCUGGGACCACACCUGGCAGCUCUCAGCCAAUAAAAGUUGUAUCGAGCAAACAUCUUGCGACACCAACUUCAGUAUUUGGCAGCACCCCAAAAGCAGCUGUUCGAAACCUGUCAUCACAGUUGAAAAGCCCAGAAGGGCCUAUACUGAACAAAGGAACCAAAUCAGCUAGUGCCACCAAAUCUUCAGAAUGCGUGUCAACAACAGCAAGGCGUUUGGACAUGCCUAAAGUGUAAAAGUUUUCCUUGUAAUACAAGGACUAUGUACAUGUACAUAGAAUUGUCUUCAGAGAAUAGUAUUUUAUGCAGCAUGAAAAUUUUGAAUUUUAAAAUUUUUGAAUAUCCACAAACUACCUGGAGUAAUAUAUUAUUUUCUAGCCACAGGGUGCUGCUAAUAAUCUAUGCUCAAAGGGAUAGUUUGAUUGUGCUUAAAUACUAGUGCUUUAAAAGCCAUCAAAGUUACUAGAAACCAACAAGAAGUACUAUUAACUUAUUACAUUUUCUCUGGAACUACCAAUGCAUGAUAUGGAGGAAUUUCCAAACAAUUUGUAUACUGACUUUAACAUGGCACUAAAUAUUUCUCAGAAAUUGAGAACUUAUUCAAAACUGGUAUUCAGUGUUCGAGCAGGUCAUAUCAUUACAUAAUAUAUUUGUCAUGUUGACUUUGAACAUGUUGUUAGACAUUUGUUAAUGUACAAAUUGAAAAAUUAUCUUGUUCCAAAGUCAUAAAUAUGAAAAUGGAUAGUAGAAAUGUUGA